GAAAGUAUCGUCAGCAAGGAUGGCCACACAGCGCAGUUUCAUACCAAAGGGUUUCCAGCACCUCGAGUUCAUCCAUGCCAACAAAUUCAUCGCCAAACCUCAACCUCGAGUACCGGGUAGUGCACCCAAACAAUUCGUUCAACUUAAAGAUCGAAUACGUCAUUGGAACAUCGUUCCCGGGGACAAGGUGCGAUUGACGGUGGGCAAACCUACAGAUAAAUAUAACAAUCAACAAGAUACAAAAGAUGGAUGGAAAGUACAUGUUGUGAAAUCUGUCGAUAUGGAGAGAAACCGUGUUUAUCUCGAAGGUGUAUCUAACACAAAAUCAGGCGUUUUUGAACCUCCACCCCCGGAGUAUCAUUCGUGGGAUGCGGAUAAAAAAGCAUUAUGGGACAAGGAACACACGGCUCAAAAAUUCAAUAGACCUGUGCAUUAUAGUAAUCUUCAACUUUGCUUAAAUGAUGAAGCCGGUCCUAGUAGUGUGUUCGCAGUUCGUAUAGCUACUUCUGCACCUAAAUAUUCCACCAGACUGGGAAGAAUCACCUGGACAAGAUACGCUGCGAAAUUGUCUGCUCGUACAAGAAUUCCACUCGACCCCGAACGUAAUCUUGUUCCUAUCCCCUGGCCCUCAGCCCCAGAAAGAAAACCUGUCGAUGCUUUGGAAGCUGAUACUAUCGAAGAGACUCUAUUGAAUACAAGAACACUGAGUCUUGCACCUAUCGAAAAAUACAACGAACUCGAAAUUUCAGAUUUAGUUUCGAGUCAUUCUGAGGAGAAGCCCCCUACACUGGACAAGC